GGGGAGACGCAUUCUCCCCGAGUACACACACACAUGCAGCGGCCACAUCCACGGCAGACAAAUCCGUGCUCAGUGACGUGUCCUGUAUUAGCCCUUUUUUGUAAUGCAUGUUCAACCCUUUUCCAUCAGACUCAUUUGAAUUGCUGCAAACCUCCCUUGGGUGCUUCUUCUUAUUUCUAUCAUUUCUUGCUGCAAUCCCUUUAAAAACAUUAUUUAUUUAUUUAUUUAUUGCCGCGAUUAUUUAUCCUCUCAACAGUCCACCCCCCUUAUCUUCUUCUUCCCCCCUCAGUCUCCAUCUCUUGGGGAGUGCAAGGACGCUGUGAAUUUAUAUAUAUAUAUGAAUAUAUAUAUAAAAAGGAACUGAAGCAGCAGACAGGAGGUGCGGUGACCAUGGAUUUUCUGUUGCACAUUUUCUGCUAACGGAGGAGGGACAGAGUGGGGUAGCUGUCCACAACCCCCACAAGCUUCACUUUCUCCAGGAAAGAACGAAUAAAGGAAAAAAGAGAGACUGGGGUAAAAGUGAGAGAGGCACAAGAGGGAAAACAAGCGCAAGAAGGAGCGAGGGGAGCAGGUGAAAACAGUCGAUGGAUGCUGUCCGGAUCGAGGGGGCAGCAAGUUCUUCACUGACGAGGAAAAAAAAGAUUUCAAAAUUGAGUCGAAGGAUAGAAACUCGCCGUCAGGCAUGGUGUGUGAGAAGGGGAUCCAGAUCCUCCUCACCACCGUGGGGGCAUUCGCUGCCUUCGGCCUGAUGACGGUGGCCAUAGGGACGGACUACUGGCUGUAUUCCCGUGCCCUCAUCUGCAACAGUACAGCCAACAUCACGCAGGAUGAUCCCCACAACAAGGACAAGAAGGACCCUGGGGCGCUCACCCACUCGGGGCUGUGGAGAAUAUGCUGCCUGGAAGGAGUGAAGAGAGGAGUGUGUUCUCAGAUUAAUCAUUUCCCAGAGGAUGCAGACUUUGACCAUGAUGGAGCAGAGUAUGUCCUACGAGUAGUCAGGGCCUCCAACAUCUUCCCAAUCCUUAGUGCCAUCCUGCUGCUGAUGGGUGGGGUUUGCAUUGCUGCUAGUCGUUUCUAUAAAAGCAAAAGGAACAUCAUCCUUGGGGCAGGAAUCCUGUUUGUAGCUGCAGGUCUGAGUAACAUAAUUGGUGUGAUCGUCUACAUUUCGGCUGCACUGGGAGACAUUUCGCCUAAGAAAGAUGAAGACAAAAAAUGGCAGUAUUCCUAUGGAUGGUCCUUUUAUUUUGGAGGAUUAUCCUUCAUCAUGGCCGAGAUGGUUGGGGUACUGGCUGUCAACAUUUACAUCGAGAAAAACAAAGAGCUCCGCUGCCGCUCUCGCACCGACAUCUUUAAAAGCACGACGCACGCCAUGUUGCGCCUGCCCAGCUACCGCUUCCGCCGUCGCUCACGCUCCUCGUCACGCUCCACCGACCCAUCCCGCUCCCGAGACCCUUCGCCCGUCGGAGGAGGUGGAGGGAAGAACUUCGGCCUGCCUCCCUCUGCGCUGCUCUCCCAGGGGCCCAUUUCAGUUUCCACUCUGCCCAACCCGCACUCUCGUUCGCACACGGCCCUGGCUGGAGGAGACAUCUCCCUCUACACGCUGUCUCGCGACCCCAAACUGGCGGGUCUGCCGCCCAUGUACGGCACCGUGGACAGGGCCACACUCUACCAGCUCCACAACUGCUUCCCGAAAGACGGGGGCGGAGGAGGGGGAGUCAUGAUGAGCGGCACGCUGCCCUCACUCAAGUCACAUAACCCUUCUAACACUUCCAACUCCAAUGCACCAAUGGCUAACUCUGUGGCUCCUCCGCCGUUCACGUCAUCCACAAUAGACAGGGAGCGAGGGAUGGGGACUCUGGACAGACUGAAGGGAGACAGGGAGAGCAACUCUAAUACCCUUAAUAGGAAGACAACACCUGUGUAGAGGGAGGUAAGAAGAAAGGUGGUGGGAUAGUGAAAGAGGGAACAUAAAAAAAAUAGGACAGCAGAUAACUCUCCUCCUUGUUCACUGUUAUUUAGUUGA